AUGGAUUUGAGUGAGAGAAGGAGAUGUCCGGCUGGACAGGUAGUGAAAAGCUGCAUAGAAGGUAAGAUCAACAAGGAUUGGAUCAAGGAGUCAGGAGAAAGAAAAUCAGAUGCAGCAAAUGAUAAAAAGAUUUGCAGAAAUGCACAGACAAGUCUGGAUAGGAGCAUUAAAAGGAGAUGGAGAGUAGAGAAACAGACAGAAAAUAAAGAGAAGACCAUUAAAAGGAUAAAAAAUGAAAAAAUACAGAUUGAAAAAGAAAGCCAGGCAGAGAAAACCAGUGAAGAUGAGAAGAUUAAAAGGAGAAGAUUUGAAGGAGGAGAUAUAGAAAAGGAAAGCCAGGCAGAGAAGAAGACCAAUGAAGAUAAAAUGAUUAAAAGGAGAAGAUUUGAAGAAGGAGAGAUAGAAAAGAAAAGCCAAGCAGAGAAGAAAACUAGUGAAGGUAAGAGCAUUAAAAAGAGAGCAGUUGAAGGACAGUUACAAAAGGAAAGACAAGCAAAGAAAAAGUCUAGUAAGCUUGAGAGAAUUAAAACAAGUCAGGUUGCUAAAGACGAUAAAAAAAUCAAAGAAGACAACAGUAAAGAAAGAAAUUUAGGGCAAAAUGAAGCGAAUAAUAGAAGAUCAAGACCAGAAGACCUAUUAGAAGGUGGAAGCAUACAGAAGAGACCCCGUCUGGACAUUGAAAGACCUGCUCCCCUGGAUAGUAACAACUACAAGUUCCACACUGUACUGGGACAAGGAGGCUUUGGCCAGGUGAUGUUGGCUUCUUUUAGACCAAAUAAACAACUGGUGGCAAUUAAGAUCUUGAAGAAACAGAAGAACGACUGCUAUUCCAUCGCUAAAGAAGCUCGUGUAUUGAAGAUCAGCAGAGAAUGUGCAUUUUUAUGCCAAUCUUAUGCAACUUUUCAGUCAGAGCUUGAAGCCUUCUUUGUCCUGGAGUAUGCCAGUGGGAAAUCUUUAUGGCAAAUGAUUAUGCGUGAAGGAGGUCUGCCAAUGUCGACAAUCAUGUUCUACACAGCAGAGAUGGUGGUUGCCCUCCAGUUCCUGCAUUCUAAGGGAAUCAUUCAUCGUGAUCUGAAGCCGGACAACAUAUUAGUGGAUAAAGACGGCCACAUAAAGAUCUGCGACUUUGGCAUUGUAGAAGAGAACAUCUUUGGCCAGAGGAAGACCUACGGCUUAGCAGGAACCCCUGGAUAUCGGGCACCAGAGAUUCUAUUAAAGGAAGACUACAAUACAGCCGUGGAUUGGUGGUCUUUCGGGGUGACAAUGUAUGAAAUGGCCACAGGUGAAUUGCCAUAUUCAACAUCAGGCAGCAUUUUAAGGCAGCGAUAUAUGAUUUUGAACAAAACACCAAAAUAUCCAUGUUAUAUGAGCGAGGAAAUGCUGGACCUCCUGCCUAAGCUUUUGGAGAUUGAUAACACCAAACGAAUUGGACAGAAUGGGAACAUCAGGGAGCAUCCUUUCUACAGCACUAUCAACUGGGAUGAUCUGGAAAAUCGAAGACUGAAGACACCUUUUAAGCCAGAAGUGCCAUCUGCGGACGACUUAGAUGAAUAUCCGCUAACAUUCUCCCCUCAUAGUUGCGAUGGAAAGAAUUUGAAAGAUUUCUCGGAAGUUGAUCCCAACUGGAAUUGGCAGGAGUAA